CAGCCAGACAGGCUAGAUCCAACUCCUCUCGCAACAUUCAUCAGUCAUCUCUGAUUCUGCACAUCCUUGACUUCUCUUCCCAGCACAUUUUAUCGCACACCGUCACAUUCUCGCCUCGCCUCUUUCACAAUGUCGCUCCCCACUCACUUCACUCUCUCCAACGGAUCCAAAAUACCCUCUGUCGGUCUGGGCACUUGGCAAUCCAAGCCUGGAGAGGUCAGAGAUGCAGUCGCGGCAGCUCUCAAGGCUGGCUACCGUCACAUUGACUGUGCCUGGGGAUACCAGAAUGAAGGCGAGGUUGGAGAGGGUAUCAAGCUUUCCGGCGUGCCUCGUGAGGAGAUCUGGAUCACCAGCAAAUUGUUCGAGUUCCACCACAAGCACGCUCGACAUGCCGUGGAGGACACCUUGUCCAAAUUGGGUGUGGGCUAUCUCGACUUGUACUUGAUGCACUGGAAUGUCGCACUUGAGCCAGAUGUUCCCGCGGAUGGAUCUUUGCCUCGCAAGCCCUUGAAGGACCCAAAGACUGGCAAGCCUCAAGUCGACCGAGUCCUCUCCGACAACCCUCUGCCUUGCUGGAGAGACAUGGAGGCUCUGGUCGAAGCUGGACUGGUGAAGAACAUUGGUGUCAGCAACUUCAACAUCCGCAGACUCAGAGCGCUCUUGAAGGAGGCCAAGAUCAAGCCGGUUGCCAACCAAGUGGAGCUGUCCUUCACCUGCCCUCAACCCGAGCUGCUUGCCUUCUGCCACAAGGUCAACGUCCUGCCGCAAGCAUACAGCCCACUCGGCUCUACAGGUGCAAGCCACUCCAGCUUGGCAGCUGUGGACGCUUUGGCAAAGAAGCACAACGUGCAAGGUGCAAACAUCCUCAUCUCUUGGCAAGUGGGACGAGGCGCCAAUCCUCUGCCCAAGUCCGUCACCCCCGCUAGAAUCGCCAACAACUUGAAGUUGGUCGACCUGUCCAAGGAAGAAAUUGCCCAGCUGGAAGAGUCAGCGAACUCUCAACCGUUCAAGAAGGUGUGCGACCAGAGCGAAGACUUUGACUACGACAUUUUUGAGGCCUCUCACCCUCAGAACAACGACAAGGCUCAAGCUCUUCUCUGAGCGGGACGAUGAGUCGGUCUCACAGCGAAUUGAUUCGAAGGCAAACGAGUGGAUCGAGUGCGCAGUACUGUAGCUCGGCUCUUGCACUCCAUCAUUGUAAUGCUUGACGAGCGACAAAAGAUUCAAUGAGCAUGCCGCUCUCCCAAUCAGAG